UCAGUUGGAUUACGGGAACAAUGCAUCAAUCCCCGCGUUUCGGUCCAUUGGAGAUGGAUCCACCUUAUACUCCGGAGCGCUUCGGAGGCCAAGACUUUCUCACUCCACUCCUCCGCGACCCGGAACCCACGAGUCCGACCUCACUCGGUCUUGGCUCCACCAAGCCCCUUUUCAACCGCCGAUUGUCAUCGGAAGUUAACACCGAAACCUUACGACGUUCCACCAGCAGUUGUUCAGAUUGAUCCCGACCUUGGCCGGAGUUCCACAAGGAACCCUGAUUCCAAACGACACAGUUCGCACGUUACCUUAGCUAGCUCAGCUGAUCGCUUCAAGCUCGUCUUGAAGUUGGGCCACUUUGUGUUCACUAAGCCUCCAACAGACCAGUCUCGAGCAUGGAGACGGCAGAGAACUCGAGUAGGGCAAUCUUAGGCCCUCGCAAUAACAACGCAUGCGAGGCCUGUCGGUCCGCUAAGGUCAAGUGCCAGGCCAGCAACCAGCUUGGGAUAUGCAGGAGGUGCCUUGGUUCCAAACGAGAGUGUGUCUUCAGGACUGGCCCUCGAACACGUCGGCCUAGGCAGCCCAAGCGACCAGAAGACAUAGCAGCCGCCUCCUCUGCUCCCUCCGACACACAAGCCACCGCUUCUCACCCUCCCCCGCCACCGGGACCCUCCAAAACCUUCACAAUCGACAUACCCAUGCCACCCAACGACGACGACGACGUGGUCGACCACCUCGAGGCACUUCGCCUGGCCCACGAGGAUGCCAUCGACCAGCUAGCGCCACUAAUGUCUGGGGGUGACGAUCAUGGUGACGAGUAUUACUACGACGCCAACGACUUUGGAGCGCAGGGUAUGGACAUGAACAUGGACCAGGGCCCGCGCGAGUGGCCCACCCCGCCCAGCAGCACCACCACUACUAGUACUAGUACCGCCCUCCCGCAGACUCAGGCUCAGACUCAGGAGCAGGGCGGCAAGACCACCACAAGCACCAAGCCAAGGACGCUGGCGACCAGUCUGGGCAUCCAGCCGCGAUUCAACCUCGACUCGGCUAGUAAGCUGUUGGCGACCUUUCGCAAAGUCAUGCUGGGCCAUUUCCAUUGCGUCGAGGUUUCUGAGGCGGCCACGGUGACUAGCAUGGCUAAGGAAAAGCCCUUUGUGUUGCUGGCCAUUCUCGCGGCCGCGAGUGGAAGCCGGACCCUGCAGGGGCACAGCUUGUAUGACGAGGAGUUUAGGAAGAUUUUGGGGCUCAAGUUUGUGGCGGGGGGCGAGAGGAGUUUGGAGUUGCUUCAGGGGCUGCUUGUUUACAUUGCUUGGUACCCGUUCCACCUCAGACCCAAAAGCAAGCAGGCGUUCCAGUACCUGCGCAUGGUCGUCGACAUUGUCUCGGACUUAGAGCUGGAUCAAGAUCCCGGUAUCUAUUCUAUGAAUGUGCCCCCUGCGCCAGAACGGCUUGAGCAGAUCAGGCUGUACCUGGGAAGCUAUUACCUCUCAUCCUCAAAUAGCGCCAUCUGGAACCGCACCCCCUCACUCACCUACACCGAGUACACAGCCAGGUGCUGCGACUUGCUCGAGGCACACAGCAAGCUCAGGGGCGAUCAAACAUUAGUUCGGCAGGUCCGCCUCCAGCGAUUCGUAGAAGAGGCAAACACCCUCUGCCGGAUACAACGCGGCCAUUCACAAAGCGAGUACCAAAUCAGCCUGAUGAUCCGGGGCAUGGAGACUGAGCUGGCCGAGUAUGAAACCCGGAUGCCCCCCGAGAUCGCAGCUACCCCAUCCGCACGCAUCUCCAUCCUCUUCACACGCAUGUUCCUCCCAAGCGCACCGCUGCUCAAACUCCCCUCGACCAAGCCCAAGCGGCCACAGCCACCACCACCGCCAACUACUACUACUACUGGUAGUACGGACCCGCACGGUCACGCUCACGGUCACGGUGCUGCCUCCUCGGACCACGCCCGCAUCCUCUCGGCCAUCCCCCGCCUGCACGCGCUGUACGAGUACUUCCUGUCCCUUCCAACAGCCGAGCUCAACGCCUUUAUCGGCAUCGAGUGGGCCGCCCUGAUCCUCUCCGUCAUCCUGGGCUUUCGCAUGUCGUUCCCCCUGGCGGAUUAUCCGGGCUGGGACGACCGUGCCGCGCGAGGCUUGGUCGGGUUCGGGGAGUACCUUGAUCGGCUGGCUGGGAUGGGCGACGGUGGUGCGGCGCCGGCUGGUUUGGGUACUAGUAGUAGUGGUCGGAGCAGUAAGGGCAGUGAUGGCAGUGAAGGGAGAGGAGGUGGGGGAGUUGGUGGGCAGAGGACUAGCAUGGAUCUGCUCAGCGCCAUGAAGAUUGUGCUAGACAUGGUCAAGAAGAAGUAUCUGAGGCGGCUGGCAAGGUUAGAGGAGCAACAAGCUCAGUCCGCCAUGGACCUGCAUUCGGGUUUCUCGACUAUUCCUCCUGCUGAGGCGCCCGGCGGGAGACUUUCAAGCUUGUACCAAGGGUGUCCCAUGAUGGACGGCAGUCUGGAGCCAUAUUACCCAUACUGGGACGAGACAUUUGCCAGCAACCUCGGCGGGAGUUCGAUAUCUGCCGGCGGACGGCCGGGAGGGAGCGGGGAAGCAGUCGAAGGGCUAGGCCUGGACGGAUUAGAUGCUGCCGAUGUGCAGAAUGACUUCUGGGCGGCCAUGACGAUGGGCUGGGCGAUGCAAGCUGGUGGUAACUACGAUACUCAGGCGCUGUGAUGGUGAUCUAUCUUGUUCGGUCUUGUUGCUGGCAUCAAUGGAAGGUUGUCGAUGUAGACGAGCCUUUGAUCUACAGCCUCAUACGGCGAGAAACAAGAGUGUGGGAUACCAUAGGGAACCUUCAAG